CAGAUAUAUCAUUUUGGUGAAAUAUAUCUGCCCUGUUUAGAAAUUACUUUACCAUCGACAGCGGAACAUCUGUGUUGAUGAUUGUCUCACUUGAAGAAUAUAUAUAUAUAUAUUUUUUUAAUCGUCCAUAAUUUCAGUCUAAAUGAUCCCAAGUAUGUCUCUGGCAAUAACUAUUUUCUUCAUGCUCUUUGCUCAUGUUGCUGGGAACGAUGGCAUACCCGACUCUGGACCCGACCCUACCAAAUAUUGCUUACCGCGUGAAUACAGAUCCACUCAAGUUGGUUUUGAAGCCAUCAUGAUGGGAGAGAAGCCUGUAGGGAGCAAACAUCGUAUCUUCUCUGCUGUGGACUUUGUCCAUGAAAAGUUCUACACCAACAAAACACUAACGAUUCUCGACGCAAGUGGACAACCGAGAGUGGAGGAAAGGCAAGAUAUCAUCGACAAAGCAAAUAAUGCUCAUUACGUGAUAACCAAUGGAGAUUGUAAGAAAUACCCAGUCACCAAAGUUCCCGAAAGAUGUUUGAAUGACAAAAUGAAGUACACAGGUACAUGGGAUAUCACAGCAUACGGGCAACAUCCCGAUGACGGCCUACAAGCCGUGACGUUCACCGUGAACCUUGAACUGUCCGACAUGGGUAUGACUGAACAACGAGUGGUGACUUUCGUCCAGGAACCAAACCCAGAGUUUCAACCAUAUUCGUACCAUAUGCUGCGGGAAGAGAUAACUCUGGUGUCGAAAACAGGAUCGUCUGUGUUUAGCUCCUUCUUCGAUGGCUACGAACCACUGGACGAUGGAACAUAUUUCAAUGCUCCCCAAGACUGCUAAGAAAACGAUCAGACGGAUGACUCGAGAAGACAACUUUAGACGGACAUCCGGGGAUUUCCCAGCAAGGCAGUUCUCACUGGAUCAGUUAGGAGGCUUGUAAACUAUAUCCAUGAUGCUACCUCAUGCAGAGACGAAAGCCGAAAUAGGGGCCUACGAGAAGGGGAACCGAAUCAUCUUCUUUAUUCAAUAAUAUCAUUUUAAAGUUUCAUACAAUAUUGUCGUAUAUUAGAGACAUUAUUUUGUUUGAACAAACAAUAUAUAUAAGAUUAUGAUUCCUAUGAUAGCUAUCCUUCUCGUAGGCUCCUAUUUGGUUUUUCGCCUAUGCAUGGGGUAGCAUAUCAGAUCAUGGUUCCAUGACAUAGGUUCACAAAUGAACUUGUUAUUGCUUUAAACUAUAAUAAUCAUAAUUAUUUUAAACAGUGUUGGUGAUUCCAUGGUUGACAUUUUUGUUAGGGAUGAAUGGUGACCUUUUAGUAUUAAUGUGUCCAAAUUAAACCUGCAGAUCAUUAAUAAUAAACUAUGACAGAUCUAUACAUUCUAAAUGUAAGUUUGUAAUAUAAUGCUAUAGCGGCGUUCGAAUUAAAGUACGAUAAUAUGGAAUGCUAGCUUGCUAUGUAUUGUCUUGCCACUUACAUACCACUUAAUUCAAUAUUUUAUCAAAACACGUAAUACUCCGGAAGCAAUCGUUCAAUAGCUUAUAGAUCAACCAAAUUUUAACGUACAAAAAGUGGCAAUGUCAUAUUAAAUAAAGGUCUCUAAGUCCUCGUACAAAACAUAUAUGUCACUGAAGGAUCUUUCCACAUGUUCAACGAGGUCGAUGACAAAGUUUGUCCUCUCAACAGUAUUUUCUACUAAGCCUAUACCCUAUCCUUAUAAACCUUGCUUUCAGUUUCAAAAACAUGCCACGGAGGUGCAUAUAUAUAUUUCUACUUGGUUAAAAUGACUAUGUUGUUUUCUAGAGCGCAUAAUUAUUUCAGUAUACAUUGAAAAUCAGGCUAAGCGGAAAAUCUGUUGAUGCAUCAUGUAGACAAAAUUACGUAAUACUCGACCUCGUGGAUUCUCCAUGGUACUACGAGAAUGAAUUAUACCAAUUUUAUUUAAAUACUAUGGAGAUGUAUAUAGAGUACAAUUUGAUUCCAUUAUUUCGUAUACCAAAGCCGGCGCGUUAUCAUCAAACUCUCUUUUUUUUCAGUUUCGGUUAAUUUAUUUCAAUUUUCAAAUAUUCAAUAAUAUAUCAAAUCAUUACACAUGCUUCAGUUAGAAAAUAAUAUCGAUUUUCAACUCUUAUCAAUCUGUUUGGUCUUAUAUUUUUCUAAGUAACAAAUUCGUAUAAUUCAAAAGAAGGUAUACUAGAAGAGUGUUAUUCUUUUGGAGAUAUAAUUCAUUACCACGUUCUAAUUAUAGUCAAACGAUAUCUAUGUUGUGUUUUUGUUUAUGUUAUGCAUCGAAAUAAUGCACUAUUCUAUAAUUCGAGUGUCGAAAUUUGAUGGAAUAGAGAUCAUAUGAUAAAAGAAAAAGAU